AUAGGUAGAAUGACACUGGAAGAAUAUACACCAUAAUGUUAACAGUAAUUAUCUCGGGGUGGUGGAAAAUGAGUGGUUUAUCAAUUUGCUUACUGGAAUUUUUUUUUUUUUUUUUACAGUGAGCACACAUGCAAGGACACUUUCUGGAUGAAGUAUAAAAAUUAUAAAUUAUGCAAUCAUAACGUUGAUUGAGAGCUUACUAUGUACAAAGCAUCGUGCCAGGCAUUGUUCUGUACCGCGUUCGUUUUAAAAUAUCAGGCGCCCACAACUUGAGAGGAUGAUAGCCAAAAGGUCCACUUAACACUCAACUGCAAUAAUAGGACAGGUUAUAUCAACAUGCCCCCUUUCCUGUUGCUGGAAGCCGUCUGUAUUUUCCUGUUUUCCAGAGUCCCCCCCUCCCUCCCUGUGCAGGAGGUCCUCGUGAGCAGGGAGACCGUCGGGAAGAUUUCGGUGGCCAGCAAAAUGAUGUGGUGCUCGGCUGCCGUGGACAUCCUGUUUCUGUUGGACGGGUCUCACAGCGUUGGGAAAGGGAGCUUUGAAAGGUCCAAGCACUUUGCCGUCACGGUCUGUGAUGCCCUGGACAUCAGCCCUGACAGGGUCAGAGUGGGAGCACUCCAGUUCAGUUCCGCUCCGCAUCUGGAAUUCCCCUUGGAUUCGUUUUCUACCCGACAGGAAGUGAAGGCAAAAAUCAAGAGGAUGGUCUUCAAAGGAGGACGCACAGAGACGGGACUUGCCCUGAAACACCUUCUGCGCACAGGGUUCCCUGGAGGCCGAAACGGCUCUGUGCCUCAGGUCCUCAUCCUCGCCACUGAUGGGAAGUCCCAGGGGCAUGUGGCGCCGCUGGCCAAGCAGCUGAAGGAAAGGGGCGUCACUGUGUUUGCCGUGGGGGUCCGCUUUCCCAGGUGGGAAGAGCUGCACACGCUGGCCAGCGAGCCGAGGGAGCAGCACGUGCUGUUGGCUGAGCAGGUGGCGGAUGCCACCAACGGCCUCCUCAGCACCCUCAGCCGCUCUGGCAUCUGCACCGCCGCCUCUCCGGACUGCAGGGUCGGGGCUCACCCCUGUGAGCGCAGGACGCUGGAGACCGUCCGGGAGCUCGCCGGCAACGCCCUGUGCUGGAGAGGAUCGCGGCGGACCAAUGCCGUGCUGGCCACGCUCUGUCCCUUCUACAGCUGGAAGAAAGUGUUCCUAACCCACCCUGCCACGUGCUAUAGGACCACCUGCCCAGGCCCUUGUGACUCCCAGCCCUGCCAGAACGGAGGCACAUGUGUCCCGGAAGGCCUGGAUAGGUACCACUGCCUCUGCCCUCUGGCCUUCGGAGGGGAGGCCCACUGUGCCCCAAAGCUGAGCCUGGAGUGCAGGAUCGACGUCCUCUUCCUGCUGGACAGCUCCGCGGGCGCCACUCUGGAGGGCUUCCUGCGGGCCAAGGCCUUCGUGAAGCGGUUCGUGCAGGCCGUGCUGAGCGAGGACUCCCGGGCCCGAGUGGGCGUGGCCGGGUACAGCAGGGAGCUGCUGGUGGCCGUCCCCGUGGGGGAGUACCAGGACGUGCCAGACCUGGUCAGGAGCCUCGACGGCGUCCCCUUCAGUGGCGGCCCCACCCUGACGGGCAGUGCCUUGCGGCAGGCGGCAGAGCGUGGCUUCGGGAGUGCCGCCGGGACGGGCCAGCACCGGCCCCGCAGAGCGGUCGUCCUGCUCACCGAGUCGCCCUCGCAGGACGAGGUGGCCGGCCCCGCGCGCCACGCCAGGGCCCGAGAGCUGCUCCUGCUGGGCGUGGGCAGCGAGGCCGUGAGGGCAGAGCUGGAGGAGAUCACGGGCAGCCCGAAGCACGUGAUGGUCUACACAGACCCUCAGGACCUGUUCAACCAAAUCCCGGAGCUGCAGGGCAAGCUGUGCAGCCGGCUGCAGCCAGGCUGCCAGGCACAGUCACUGGACCUCGUCUUCAUGCUGGACGCCUCGGCCUCGGUGGGGCCCGAGAACUUCGCUCAGAUGCAGAGCUUCGUGAGAAGCUGUGCCCUGCGGUUCGAUGUGAACCCCGACGUGACGCAGGUCGGCCUGGUGGUGUUCGGCAGCUGGGUGCAGACGGCCUUCGGGCUGGACGCGCAUCCCACCCUGGCCGCGGUGCUGCGGGCCACGAGCCAGGCCCCCUACCUGGGUGGGGCGGGCUCGGCCGGCACAGCCCUGCUGCACAUCUACGACAAAGUGAUGACCGUCCAGCGGGGCGCCCGGCCUGGCGUCCCUAAGGCUGUGGUGAUGCUCACAGGUGGGCGGGGGGCAGAGGACGCGGCUGUCCCUGCCCAGAAGCUGAGAAACAACGGCGUCUCCGUCUUGGUUGUGGGUGUGGGGCCUGUCCUGAGAGAGGCACUGCGGAGGCUUGCGGGUCCCCGGGACUCCCUGAUCCACGUGGCAGCUUACUCAGACCUGCGCUACCACCAGGACCAGCUCAUCGAGUGGAUCUGUGGAGAAGCCAAGCGGCCAGUCAACCUCUGCAAACCCAGCCCGUGCACUAACGAGGGCACCUGCGUCCUGCAGAACGGGAGCUACCGCUGCGAGUGCCGGGACGGCUGGGAGGGCCCCCACUGCGAGAACCGGGUCUUGAGAGGAGACGCUCUGAAGGCACGUGGCUCCCGCCAGGAGCCUGCAGGAGAUCAGGAGCCGUCAUCCUCCCAGCUACUACAGAGAAGACCUGGGCACCCAGGGCGAUGAAAGGCACCUGCCCUGCGGCUCUGCCCUCUCUUGCUGCAGUCCUCACCCAGGAGGAUGUCCUGACUGCAGCCAUGCUGCCUAGGGAGAGUGGGAGCAGCUGAUGGCAGCCCAAACGAUGAUGUUGAAAACCCUUGAUGUGUAAGUAAAUACUGACCUGUGCCUGCUUGUGCCUUGCAGAGGCUACGCCCUCUGCACCUUUCCCCUGAGGAUAAACAGGGGUCUAGGAGACUCCAGAGGAACUUGAUGGCCUAUUUGAGGUUCAGUUUGCCUGCAACAAGUGCUAGACAGAAUGUUGUUUAGACAGUAAGGCCCAGCAAAAGGCAUUUACUAGAGCAUCCUUUGGACCUCCGAAGCCAUGGCAUUCCAGGGUGGAAAGUAGGGGCCACUUUUCUAAAGAUAUCCUGGAUGCAUAAGCUUUGGGUUUAAAAGGGGGCUUGAGUGGCAUUUGUGACUUCUGGUGACUCCAUCAAGGGCUUGGAAAGGUCCCAGAGUGGAAUGUGACUAGUUAACCAGCUUCUUGAUGAUGGGGGAUGGACCCAUGAAAUUGGUCUGAGUACUGUGCAGCACUGUCUGGGAGGGUCUUCCUUUUAAAAGAGUCUACUUAGGAGAGGUUAAUUGUGGGGUGUUCAUUGAAUUUUUUCCUUACGUCCCUUCUAGUGGGAUAAAGAAAAGUAGAAUUUUUAAACAAAGAUAGGAUAAGGAAAUUUAUAGAGGUUUUGCUUUUUCAAGUACUGAGCUUAUGCUGUCUAGGCUUUUGUUUUGCUUUUCUACACCUAAGUUUUUAAAGGAAUGUUUUGAGAAAUAUUGUUGGUUAUUUAUUUAAUAGGAAUACUUGUACCUAUGUGGCAAAGAGGCUUAUUUGGAAUAUUUUCUGGCAAACUAGAUACUUACCCUGCCCUAUUUUAGGAAUCAAUUAGUUCCCUGGGUCAUGUUGUUUAGAGUUGGGUUUUCAGGAGAAACCUCUGUAGGGAUCGGACAUAAAUCCAGAGACUUUAUCGUGGUUUUUCUUUAUAAUAUAAAUAUUUUAACAUGAUGUUGUAUAUAUGAAAGUUCAAGGCUACUUUGAUUUAAACACCACUUAGCUUUAAGAACUUCAGCAUUUCUGGUGCUAGAGAAGUGUGUGAAGAGGUAUCACCAUGAUAUCAUCAGACUGUAAAAAAAAGUCUGGUGUACAGGGCACUGUCAUGGCAGUCACUGGUGUUCAAGAGAUGGUUUUGUUGGUUAUUUCUCCGUCUUUAGCAGAAGGCAGGAUCACAUGCCCAUCUGGCAUAUGCUGAUCAGUGAUGGCGUGGAAAUUACAUGAAUUUAUUGUCUUUAAAUUGAUAGCAGUUUAAUCAUUUUAUAUUGUAGGUUCUUUGUCGUCUUGUUCAGGGCUGAAAUGGGGAUGCCCCAUUUGAAUUACUUGGACUGAAAACAAAUAAUAAACCAUGGGCCCUGGGCUUACAUAUCAAAGGCCUUUGCUGUUUGUUUUUAGGAGCUGGGGCCCCAGCCCUUGAGACUUUUUUUUUUAACCUUUUGUAGUGAAAGUGCCACUGAAUAGUUCAACCUUUUCCACUACCAAGGUAGCGGGCAGAGGGAAUUCCUAUAUUAUGGCCUAAGCAGCAAAGCCUUUCUCUUUCAUUUAAAAGAAAUAUAUACAUUUAUUCUCCUUGCAAAAAUUAAAACAUUACAGAUAGGUCAUUAAUCUCUUUAUUGUCUCUGAAUGAUCCUAAUUCCAGCCAUCUUGCUGAAUAAUCUGGUUCUAAUAGUUAAUUGCUUCUCUUGCUUCUCUAGAGAUAUCAUUUAAAAAUGAUGAUAGUUUUGUCUCUUCCUUUUAAAGUUGUAUGCCACUUCUUUUCAAAAAGUCAUGGUAAUAGCCUGUAUCCAUACCUGGUUCUUGACUACAGGGACUUUUCUCAUCCAUUAUCAUUGUUUUCUGUGGGUAACUAAGAGUGGUUAUUAUGAGUGCUGAGAUUCACAGUAUUUACUCAGUUAAUAUGAUAAAUUACCCAUUUGUAUAUUUUCAUUGGAACCAU